GCGUUUUAAAACUCUAGCACGCAGAGGUUUGGUUAAACCGACAGCUAAACGUUUUUAAAGACCAUUUUUAUUGAAAAAGGCGCUUUUUUCCGAAGCGCGCCUUUCAUUGGGUGGCGCUCUUUAUGCACGAUGACGUCUUGGUUGUGUGCGCGUCACGACGUCGCUCGAGACAUCCGCCCUGCGCUUUGAUUGGCUGCCGGUUGUUUAAAGGUAUUCCCCCGCGCUCUGAUUGGCUGGAAGCUUUGGUCGCCAAAUUUCAAAUGCUUUUCCAAGUGGCGCUUUUCCCCCCAAACUCACAAACCAUUGUGUUGCCGCUUAAAUGCUUGGGCUGCUGCUGCAACAGCGACCGGGACACAGGCCAGAAGACAUAUGAGGAUUGCAUAAAAGCGCUUUUAUAUUUUACAGUUUACUGCAUCUGGAACAGCCUCAAUAUGAAGUGUCCAAGCUACAGUGACGAUUCAACAGUUUUAUGCCACAUGGAGAAAGCCGAAACGGACCUCGGCGAGGUGAAGGGCCACAGGGUUUCUCCGCGGAAAACGGCCCCGCGUUCCCCCGUGGCCCCCAACGUCUCCACCCCGAUGGAGACCAGAAGCAAAGGCCCCCACAAUAAAGAGAACUACCAGAAUAAGCGUCACUCUCUAGAGGUGGCGUCCGACGACGAGGUGAUCAUCAGCGGCGGCGGCGGCCUGACGGAGGACAGCGGCUACCUUUCCCUCCAAAACAGCCGGGUGGACCACGGGGACGCGGACGGCGUGGACUCUCUGGAGAGGAGUGAAGAGAAGUGCGCGUCCUCUCAAUCCUUGGCCGUGAAGAGUCAUUCUGUGCCCUGUCUGCCCGUGGUGAAGUUUCAGGAGGAGGUGUGCAGAGAGCUGGCUAAAAACUUUAAAAAGUGCAGGAGUUACGACUGGACCAUCGUCGGUAAGCUUGCUGAGAAUUUCGGGCUGCAUAACGUGAUCGGUGGGAAGAUGGGACGGCAGUUUGUGGACAUCCUUUGCAGCCUGUUGAGGAAAGACCUGAGGCAUGUCCUUGCCAGGAUAUUGGGCCUGUUGGGAGAUUGCGACUUAGUAAGCUGUAGAAAAGUGAGCCGAACGUGGAGGAAAAUCAUUUGCGAAGAUCAGGUGGCCCUUCGGCGCUGCAGAGAAGCAGAAAGAACGUUAAGGGACUCUGGUCGCUCCUCGGGCUCGCUAUCACGAGAUUUCACCUUGAGCAGGGUGGUGUUCUCCAGCAUGCAGGCCGUCGCCUCUACGCCCGUUCACAAGGCCGUUAAAAAGCCGCCGUGCAAGACGGGUGGAGGGCAAAAGGCGUCCAAGUCGAGUCGCUUCCAGCAGUUUCAUGAGGUUGCCCAGUCGCUCAAACAGGACGAAUCUCUGCGAUCGUGCAUCCUCUGUGGCUUUGCAGCACGGUACGACGCAGCCAUGAAGAGGGCCGCGUGCUCGCGUGACGGCUGCGGGUUUGAGUUUUGCACGCUGUGUCAGUCAGCGUUUCACGGAUCGGCGCCGUGCCGCAGUACCGUCCGGAGCUUCUCCGCUUCUCAGAAAACGACGCUCCUCGCCGGCUCGACCCGAAGCAAACGAAACGUCCGGCGCCUCUGAGCACCACGUGGGGGGAAGCUUACAAAAAAAAAAAAAACUACCUUUUUAGGAUCUUAAUUGUUUUGAAAGACUUUUUAUAAAUGUGAACGUUUUAUCAUCUUCCUGAAUGUGAAGUGAAUUUGGCCACAUUUGUGGCGGCCGCACAGUUUAAAAAAAAAAAAAAAAAAAACUACAAUCAUUCUCUACACCAAAAAAAAGAGACUUAAGGAGGUUAAACAGCCUCUUCAGUGUUGUAAAUGUUUUAUAAGAUUUUAUAAGAAUUGUUUUAUUGAUGAAAUGAUCAAUUACUGUCUGUCUCAUCACAGAAAUUGUACAUAUUUAAAUGGUUAAAUAAAGCCUUCGUAUAUUUUUAAA